UGCUGCAGACAGGACCUCUGUCCCGCGGUGCACUUGUGCCCAGAACUCUCCGUUGCUGCCCUGGGGCCUCCUUGAGGCCUCGGAUUCCAGCUCAGCCUCUCCCGUCGCCUGGCUCAUGGCGCCACUCUUCUCCCUAAUCCUCGCCAUUUGCACUGGACCUGGAAUUUUAGGGUCUUUGUCCAGAGUGCGGCUAGUGGGAGGUGACCACCGCUGUGAAGGUCGUGUGGAGGUGCAGCAGGAUGACGAGUGGGUCACCGUGUGUGAUGACUACUGGAACAUGGACUCUGUGGCCGUGCUGUGCCGGGAGCUGGGCUGUGGAGCGGCCAGGAAGACCAUGAGUGGCACUGUAUACGGACCAGUGACACCAAAGGACCAAAAAGUCUUCAUCCACUUGUUCAGAUGCAAUGGGAUCGAAGAAAGCCUGUCUCAGUGUGAGAAGGAAGAUGCAAUCGGAUGCUCCCAUGUUGAGGAUGCGGGAGCCGUGUGCGAGCGGCCGGAGAGUGUGAGGCUGGCCGAUGGCCCCGGGCGCUGCCAGGGCCGAGUGGAGGUGAAGUUCCGAGGGGAGUGGAGCUCUGUGUGCCAAGCAGGCUGGAGCUUUGCAGCCGCCAAGGUGGUGUGCCGGCAGCUGGGGUGUGGACGGGCCACCCUGACCCGGAGAGGCUGCAACAAAGAGACCCAGGGCCAAGGGGCCAUCUGGCAGAGAAAGGCGUCAUGCUCAGGACAAGAAGUGAGCCUUCAAGAUUGCCUUUCUGAAGUUUGGGAACACAACUGUACCCACAAUGAGGACGUGUGGGUCGAAUGUGAAGAUCCCUUUGGCUUGAAGCUGGUAGGAGGACGCAGCCACUGUGAGGGGAGGCUGGAGGUGCUGCACAAGGGCGAGUGGGGCUCUGUCUGCGACGACGGCUGGGGACAAGAAGCAGACCGGGUGGUGUGCAGGCAGCUGGGCUGCGGGCAGCCCCUGUCUCCACCUGUCAAAGUCCGGAGAAGGUUCGGCCCCGGGGUCGGCCGCAUCUGGCUGGACGACGUCAACUGCUCGGGGAAGGAGCCGUCCCUGGAGCAGUGCCCACACAGGUCCUGGGGCUACCACAACUGUAACCACAGAGAGGACGUGGCUGUGGUCUGUGAAGAACAGCAGUCUGGCCUACUUGAUGCUUGACCCACAGGCCCCAAGCGCCCUUACUUCUCCUGGGCCCUGAUCGGCCCGGCCUGAGCACCCCAGCCGCAGGCUGUACCCACAGCCCCGCUCUGCCCCCAGGAAGAGUCUGAACUCUGCCUACGCCUUGCUCCAGAGCCAAGCGCUCCCGUGGUCGCCCGGAGUUACCGGGUGUUGCAGGCCCUCUGCCAGGGGAGAUGGGCCCUCGUCCCCUUGCCCGCACAGCGGCCCCCCUACCCCGGCUGGGGCCUCUCCUGCCUCCCCUCGCCCAGCCCGGUGCUCUUUGCAGCACGGGCUGUUGCCCGGCCCCAUCUCUGUGCCUGCAAAGAACGUGAAGGGCGCAGGACGGUUGCAUGGAACUUGGGGGGAAAGCUUAGAACCUUUUAAACUCUUUCUCUCACGCUUCGGACGACCACGACGAUUCAUUGCACCUCGCCGCCCUCCUGCUCCGCGGUGGCAUCACGUCCUUUCAGCAGCUGAGCAGCGUCCUGAAUUCUAGACCCUUUCGUGGCACCUGGAAACCAUGUUGCACCCCUGAACGCCUAGAAGAAAACAGCUCUGGUGACCAGCCAGCGAGGUUGCGGCCUAUCGAGCCGCUGCACGCACACACGCUGUGCGGCUGCGACCAGAAGGAGGGAGAGGCCUGGGGCCGUGCCUCACGCCAGUCAGAUGGUGCCUCUCAUUUUAGCCUCUCACACGCUGGCACCUGCAAGUCUGAGGCGACGCGCGAGGCUGGUAAGGAGAGAAUCGACACUUGAUUCUAAAGCUCGAGCCUUAGACUCUGAGCACCUGUAAUGUGCCUGCAUUUACGCCGCCUAAUAAAGUCGAUCUCACGGUCUAAACGUCUCAACCGUUG